AUAUCCAUUGUUUGUUUCGAAGCGUUCACACCACGUACACACAUAUAAACGAAAUCAAAACAUUCGAAUCAAUUAGAAACAAAAAAAAAAUGUCAUCAGCAAUCAAAUUUUCAAUACUUAUUUUGGUCACAGGUUAUAUUCAGCUAAUCAUCAAUGAUGUUAAUGCAUCAGAUUUUAUGAUUUCGACCAAUAAUUAUCCACCAUUAAAUAAAUGGUAUUUGGAUUAUCAUCCAUAUGGUGAUGGUGGUGGUGAAUCAAUCGGUCGACGAUUUACAACCGAAUAUGAAUCGAAUGAUAAUGAUAUUCAUUAUGAUAAUGUUGGUGGUGGUAAUGGUGGCCGUAAUAAACGUGGUGAUGAACCAUUCAGUACAGAUGGUGGUAAAAGUGUAUCAAAUAUUCGUAAACCAUUAUUAUUUAAACGUGCAACAACCAAUGUUCGUAAACCACUUUUAUUCAAACGAUAUAUUGAUGAUAAUAAUAAUUCCAAUAAAAUUAAUCAAUUAACCGAUCGUAUCGAUAAUGAUGAUGGACAAGGUGAUGAUGAGCAACAAUUUUUGCAGCAUCUUUUUUCAUCCAAUCGACGUUUCACUUAUUGAUCAUUCAUUUCAUUUUUUUAUGUGUAAAAAAAAACAAAAAUUUCUUUUCCAAAAAAAUUUCAUUUCCCUU